GCUGCAGGGCUGAGCAGCCGGGGCUGCAGCCAGGGGUGCCCAGGGCUGUCCUGCAGAGCAGUGUCCUGCAGCCCAGGGCGCUGUGCUGGGGCAGGGACUCUGCUCCCUGCCAGGGACAGCUCUCAGCCAGCCCGGGCAGCUGCUCCCAGCGCUGGGGGAGAAGCCGUGGGGGCAAGGAGCAACCCUGAGCAGGGCAGGUGCUGCUGCUGAGAGGUGCUGGGUGGGGCAGGGCUGCUCCCAGCUCCACACCAGCCUGGGCACAGCUCCGGAUGACAGUUCCCAAAAGAAGAAUGUGAGCAGUCAUAACAAAAUUGGAACGAAGAAGCCCUUAGACCUUCUCCAAGGGUUGACUCAAGGGUAUCUAACAGGCACAACUGACUCUCCUAAUGGAUGUUCCUGUUAAAUAUCCUAGUUAAUCAACCCUAAUAGAUUGCUGGAAUUGGGGGCUGGAUGUGCCCCAUCCCCACUGGGACACCUGGAAGCUUCCAAUAAAGGUCCCCAUGUUUGGCCAGAGCAAAUGUCCAACAGCAGCUCCAUCAGCCACUUCCUCCUGCUGCCAUUGGCAGACACGCGGCAGCUGCAGCUCCUGCACUUCUGCCUCUUCCUGGGCAUCUCCCUGGCUGCCCUCCUGGGCAACGGCCUCAUCAUCAGCGCCGUAGCCUGCGGCCACCACCUGCACACCCCCAUGUUCUUCUUCCUGCUCAACCUGGCCCUCACUGACCUGGGCUGCAUCUGCACCACUGUCCCCAAAGCCAUGCACAAUUCCCUCUGGGACACCAGGACCAUUUCCUACUCAGGAUGUGCUGCUCAGGUGUUCUUCUUUCUCUUCUUCAUCUCAGCAGAGUAUUUCCUCCUGACCGUCAUGUGCUACGACCGCUACGUGUCCAUCUGCAAACCCCUGCACUACGGGACCCUCCUGGGCAGCAGAGCUUGUGCCCACAUGCCGCCUGGUGCGGAGUGA